CACUUCUCUUUGUUUUCUUGCGAGGAAUAAUCCUAAAAGAGAAGCCACCAUGGAUUCAAGUGAAGAAGAAGAUGAAAGGAGUGAAGUCAACACCUCAGAAAUUGAUUGGGGAGAAGAAACAAGCCAACACUCGGUGGAGGAAGAAGAUGGUUCAUGGGGUGGAGAAACUGAUUCUGAAGUCAGUUAUGGAGGAGAAGAAGCGUGGCAUGAAAAUGAUUACUCAGUCUCUGACUUUGGAGAUGAGCCACGUUUUGGAGAACCUGACUCUGUACCACCAGACUAUAGCCAUGAAGGUGAAUUAGAAAAAAACCAUGAAAGGGGCUCAUGGCAUGAAGAGACUGAAUCUCAAUUCAGUAUAGGAGAUGGAGACCAUGAAAUUGAAGCUGCACAUGGAGAACUCAAUCAUGAAGACCAGUUCGUGGAGCCUUACACAUAUGAAGAAGAAACUGAUUCACUAAUCAGUUUAGAAGAAACUGAGCAUAAUGGUGAAGAAUUAGGAUAUCAAGAGGAAUAUGCUCAUGAGGGUGAGGAAAUCAAUAAGGUUGAGAGAUGGGAAGAUGAUGAGCCAGGACAUGGUGACAUGGAGCAAGCAGCACGUGGCCAUACUUCACAUGGUCAUAAACAAGGACCAGAAGCUUAUAUAAAUUGGGAGAGGGAAAUUGAGUAUUGGUUUCGGUUCCACAACAUCCCAAAGGAGGAGAGACUAGCCCAUGCUGUUAACUCACUUGUUGGAGAAGCUCAUUCAUGGUGGACAAGUGAAGAACUUAUGUCCCACUACAUUAAGCCAAUUCUAACUUGGGGAGAUCUCAAGCAGAGAAUGUACAAGGAGUUUGUACUGAGGAAUAAUCCUAAAAGAGAAGCCACCAUGGAUUCAAGUGAAGAAGAAGAUGAAAGGAGUGAAGUCAACACCUCAGAAAUUGAUUGGGGAGAAGAAACAAGCCAACACUCGGUGGAGGAAGAAGAUGGUUCAUGGGGUGGAGAAACUGAUUCUGAAGUCAGUUAUGGAGGAGAAGAAGCGUGGCAUGAAAAUGAUUACUCAGUCUCUGACUUUGGAGAUGAGCCACGUUUUGGAGAACCUGACUCUGUACCACCAGACUAUAGCCAUGAAGGUGAAUUAGAAAAAAACCAUGAAAGGGGCUCAUGGCAUGAAGAGACUGAAUCUCAAUUCAGUAUAGGAGAUGGAGACCAUGAAAUUGAAGCUGCACAUGGAGAACUCAAUCAUGAAGACCAGUUCGUGGAGCCUUACACAUAUGAAGAAGAAACUGAUUCACUAAUCAGUUUAGAAGAAACUGAGCAUAAUGGUGAAGAAUUAGGAUAUCAAGAGGAAUAUGCUCAUGAGGGUGAGGAAAUCAAUAAGGUUGAGAGAUGGGAAGAUGAUGAGCCAGGACAUGGUGACAUGGAGCAAGCAGCACGUGGCCAUACUUCACAUGGUCAUAAACAAGGACCAGAAGCUUAUAUAAAUUGGGAGAGGGAAAUUGAGUAUUGGUUUCGGUUCCACAACAUCCCAAAGGAGGAGAGACUAGCCCAUGCUGUUAACUCACUUGUUGGAGAAGCUCAUUCAUGGUGGACAAGUGAAGAACUUAUGUCCCACUACAUUAAGCCAAUUCUAACUUGGGGAGAUCUCAAGCAGAGAAUGUACAAGGAGUUUGUACUGAGGUUCCACAACCAGGGCUACAUCCCUAAGAGGCUUAUGUGUCAGAAAAUAACAAGAGAGGCUAAGAAACCAAUUCAGGAUGCACUAAGGAUCCUAGAGAUCUUGAAUUUGGCGUAACCAAACACACUGAAGAGCAAAGCUAUGGAGCAAUCAGAUCAUAUCGAGACAAAGAGCAAACCAUACUUCAACUAGCUAAUAGCAUCAAUGUGAGUUU